GGUUCUCACACACGGUGCAGAGAGAGAGCGAGGAGUGGAGGGAGAGAGAGGACAGAAUAGAGCUCAGCACAGAUAGGUGCCCGCCCAAGCGAGAGACAGCCACCACAGCAACAGGCUUUCAGCGCACAGACAGCUCUCCACCGCUCAAUGUUUCAACUUUCUAUCGCUUUUACCACCGAUUUCGACUUUUUAAUAAAUCAGGAAAGUUUAUCACAUCGGUUAUUGUAGUUAAUUGCUAUUAGUUUUUUUUUCGGUAGUUUUUUUUCUCUAGCCCUGUCGUCUAUUUAUCUAACGAACUGCUGCAGAGCACCGGCAGGUGACUAUGGCGAAGGGACGGGUGCUGGUGACUCUAUCCCUGGCGGCUGGCGGCCCUACGCGGCUUGUUUUGCUGCUGGUAUGUCCGCUAAUCUGCGGCCUCUCGGCGCAGGGCCAGGAGCUGCCAACCAACCGGGUGAAUGGCUACAGCCUGCACCCACCUUAUUUUAACCUAGCGGAAGGGACCAAAGUCACGGCGACAGCGACCUGCGGAGAAGGGGACAACGGGCGGUCGAUACGUGACUUGUACUGCAAGCUGGUCGGAGGGCCAGUGUCAGGGGACCCGAGUCAAACCAUCCAGGGUCAGUACUGUGACACCUGCGCCAUGGGGGACAGUGACAGAGCCCAUCCCAUCUCCAAUGCCAUCGACGGGACAGAGAGGUGGUGGCAGAGCCCUCCUCUCUCCCGCAGCACAGAGUUCAACCAGGUCAACGUUACCCUGGACCUGGGUCAGCUCUUCCACGUGGCCUAUGUCCUGAUCAAGUUUGCCAACUCUCCUCGACCAGACCUCUGGGUGCUAGAACGUUCCACCGACUUCGGAGAGACCUACCAGCCGUGGCAGUUCUUCGCCUCUUCUAAGAGAGACUGCAUUGAGCGCUUCGGACAGCGAACCAUCGAACGGAUCAACUCUGACAACGACGUCAUCUGUACCACUGAAUACUCCCGCAUCGUACCCCUGGAGAAUGGAGAGGUGGUGGUGUCUCUAGUGAACGGGCGUCCCGGGGCUAUGAACUUCUCCUACUCUCCAGUCCUGAGGGAUUUCACCAAGGCCACCAACAUCCGUCUCCGUUUCCUCAGAACCAACACCCUCCUGGGACACCUGAUGGGCAAGGCCCUCCGCGACCCCACCGUCACACGCAGGUAUUACUACAGUAUCAAGGACAUCAGUAUCGGAGGUCGCUGUGUGUGUAACGGACACGCUGAGGCCUGCGACCCACACGACCCCAACGACCCCUACAAACUGCAGUGUGAUUGCCAGCACAACACUUGUGGGAAGUCAUGUGACCAGUGUUGCCCCGGAUUCAACCAGCUACCAUGGAAACCAGCGACCAUUUACAAGGCUAACGAGUGUGAACCGUGUAACUGUAACCAACACUCGUUUGGCUGUUACUACGACCCCGAGGUCGACCAGAGGAGAGCUAGCAUCAACGUCCAGGGACAGUACAGUGGGGGCGGAGUCUGCAUGGAGUGUCAGCAUCACACCGCUGGUGUCAACUGUGAGCGCUGUAUCCUCACCUACUACAGAUCACCUGACCAUCCCCUGGACUCCCCAUUGGCCUGCUCCCCCUGUGUGUGCCGGUCAGAGUUCACAGAUGGUACCUGUGAGGAUCUGACGGGUCGGUGUUACUGUAAAGCCAGCUACACCGGAGAGAACUGUGACUCCUGUGCUGAGGGAUACACUAACUUCCCAGACUGCUACUCCAUAGCAACCUACCUCAACAACAACAAUAGCAACAGAGAAGCUAAACCUGCCGGAGAAAUCAUCAACUGUGAGUGCAGUGCUGCUGGGACGGAGGGAAACUCCUGCCGUCCUGAUCCGCGUACCCGCACCUGUAUCUGCAAACCCGGCUUCACUGGGGAACACUGUGACAGCUGUGUUCCAGGGUACUACGGACUCAACUGCCAGGCAUGUCGAUGCUCAGGCGCCGGGUGCCAAGGUGGUAGGUGUGAUACGCUGACGGGGCAGUGCCAGUGUCACCAAGGCUUCCAGGGCUACUCAUGUGACCAGUGUGCUCCAGGCUACUUCAACUACCCCCUCUGCCGACUGUGUGGCUGUAGCAGCGUGGGUUCCCUCCCAGAGGGCUGUGAUUGGUCUGGACGGUGUGUGUGUCGUCCAGAGUUCCAGGGACUGCGAUGUGAUCAGUGUAGAUCAGGCUUCCACUCCUACCCCAACUGCCAAGUGUGCACCUGUGAUCCUCGCACCUCCCUGGGCUCCAGCUGCAGUGUGUCGGGCCACUGCCACUGCAGACCCAACUACAGCGGCACCGCCUGUGACCAAUGUGCUCCUGGUUUCUACGGCUUCCCCAGCUGCACGCCUUGUCAGUGCUCAGCUGAGGGCUCCAGGUUCAGUAGCUGUGACCAGGUGAGUGGUCAGUGUACCUGUCUACCCAACGUCGAGGGACAGAGGUGUGACACCUGCAGCUCUGGAACCUACGGAUUCCCUCUCUGCCAAGCUGACACAUGUAACCCAGCCGGUUCUGUACAGAACGAGGUCCUGCCAACCGUUGGCUCCUGUGAGUGUCUUCUCUAUGUGGAGGGAGUGGCCUGUGACAGGUGUAAACCCCUGUUCUGGAACCUGUCACCUGACACCGUCUAUGGAUGCUCCAACUGUGAAUGCAACGUUGAAGGGACAAUGGGUGGUGUGGCAGAGUGUGCUCAGAGUAACGGCCAGUGUCCCUGUAAGCCCAAUGCGUGCGGUGGCACCUGCUCUGUGUGUAAAGAUGGAUUCUUCAACCUGCAGAGUGACAGCUUCUUCGGCUGUCAAGGUUGUCAGUGCGACAUUGGAGGAUCAGCGGGACAGUCCUGUGGGGAGAGGAACGGGAGAUGUCGCUGCAGACCCAACGUAGAGGGACCCAAGUGUAACAGGCCUCGUCCGGACCACUACUUUCCAGACCUGCACCACCUGAAGUUUGAGAUAGAGGAGGGUACCACGCUGGACGGGCGGCCGGUGCGUUUCGGCUAUAACCCCGCGGAAUUUGAAAGGUUCAGCUGGAGAGGGUACGCUCAGAUGUCCCUAAUACAGAGCGCGGUCAAACUGUCGGUGCACGUGAGUGAGGUGGAUGUCUACCUCACGAGGUUCAUCCUCAGAUAUGUCAACUCUGAGGCUGCUGUCUCCAAUGGCAAAAUAACAGCCUAUCAGAAGAGCCGGAAAGGCUCAGAACAGUCCAAACAGAUUGUGUUUGCCCCCAGCUCAGAACCUACCUUCGUCAAUGUGCCCCAGAAUAACUUUGUAGAACCAUUUGUCCUUAACCCUGGUACCUGGACGGUGAUCAUCGAAGCUGAGGGCAUACUGCUGGACUACCUGGUGCUCCUGCCCAGUGCCUACUAUGAAGCUCCCAUUCUCCAGAUCAAAGUGACUGAGCCAUGCUCAUACAGGCCUGCAACGGAUACUAGCCACAACUGUUUGCUCUACAAGUAUCUGUCUCUGGAUGGGUUCCCCUCCAUCUCUGGUAACGAUGCCAGCUGCCGGUUCGACAACCACCUGCCCAGAGCCUGUCACCAGGAGAGGAUCACCCCUUUCCACCCGGACAUGGCCGUCUGCAGUGGCAGCAAUCUAAAUGUCCAGCUGCGUAGCCCUGUGCCCCGUCCCGGGGACUAUGUUCUGGUGGUAGAAUACGCCAGUGAGGAGGAAGCACCACAGACCAUCUCUGUGUCCGUCAACACACCUGGCGGAAGGACACACCAGCACCACGUCACACUGCUGCCCUGCAAAUACAGUUUCCUGUGUCGGGUGGUGACCAUCGAUGAGAUGAAUCGCGUGGCUGUCUUUACUCUCCCUACUGAUGCUGAGGUCCAACUGAUCGCUGACAGAGCCAGCUUCCUCCUGCACAAAGUGUACCUGGUUCCUCGGGAGAAGUUCACUAUGGAAUACCUGACGCCUAAGGUCCACUGUAUCUCACCUGACAGUUCGUCCUGUAUCGCGUCGAGGUUCCAGACCCCGUCUGAUUCGCUGGUGUUGAAGGAAGGUCAAGGGUUAUCGGUCCAGGAGCCCCCCCUAGAGCCGGCAGGAGCCCGUCCUCCCACCGCGGCGGAUAACGUGGAACACUUCCGCCUUGAUAACAGCCAGAAUGCAGCAGUGUAUUCUGGCCGUGUCCAUACUCUGGGUCGAUAUGUGUUCAUCCUCCACUACCACCAGCCCCUCCACCCCACCUACCCUGUCCAGGUCUUCAUCAACGGGGGACGCAUCUGGCAGGGCCAUGCCAACGCCUCCUUCGACUAUGUUCUGGUGGUACCAGAGAGCAGCUACAGCUACAGUUAUCUGUCUGAAGAACCUCUGGACAAAUCAUAUGACUUCAUCAGCAACUGUGGACAGAACAGCUUCUACAUCAAUCCUGCCACAGCCUCUCCAUUCUGUCGUGGUUCAGCCAUCUCUCUCUCUGCGUUCUUCAACAACGGUGCCUUGCCCUGCGGGUGCCAUGAGGUGGGCGCGGACAGCGAUACCUGUCAACCCUUCGGUGGGCAGUGCCAGUGCAGACCGAACGUCAUCGGCAGGGACUGCUCACAGUGUGCCACGGGCUACUGGGGGUUCCCCAACUGUAGAGCGUGUCAGUGUGGUACACGGCUGUGUGAGCCGGUGACUGGAGACUGUAUCUGCCCACCGAGGACCCUGCUCCCAGAGUGUAUCCAGUGUGAGCCCCAGACGUUCGGCUGUCAUCCUCUGGUCGGCUGUGAGGUCUGCAACUGUUCCCGUCCUGGGGUCACCACCCCCGACGUCAGCUGUGACACCGAUAGUGGACAGUGCAGAUGCAAGAACAACAUCAUUGGUCGUCAGUGUGAUCGCUGCACCCAUGGUUUCUAUGGUUACCCCAACUGUAGGCCAUGUGACUGCAACGACGCGGGGACAGAGGAGGAAGUGUGUGACUCUUACACGGGACGAUGCCUCUGCAAGGAGAAUGUCCAGGAUGGUCGUUGUGACCAGUGCAGAGUGGAUACCUUCCACCUUGACCCCACCAACCCUAAAGGCUGCACUUCCUGUUUCUGUUUCGGAGCCACCAACCGCUGUCGCAGCUCAGAGAAACGACGGACUGAGGUGAUGGACAUGAUGGUCUGGGUGCUGCUGGGAACAGACAGACAGGAAGUUCCUGUGACAGUAUAUCCUGAUCAGCAUGUGGUGGAGGCGGACCUUAGUGACGUACCUGAUGUCUACCAAGACCUCCUCUGGCACGCUCCUAGAACGUACCUGGGGGACAAGGUUUCGUCUUAUGGAGGCUAUCUGCGGUAUCGUCUGCACACUCAAACUAUGAGAGGAGAUGUUCUCUCUCUGCCCGCUGAAGCCUCUCGACCUGACGUCAUUCUCAAGAUGACCCUGUGUUACCAUGGAGAUAAGAGAAUUAACUACCAUUCACCUGAAGAACCACACCUGGGGAUAGUCCACAUGGUAGAGGGAAGCUUCCGCCACGCCCUGACGGGCAACGUGGUGUCUAGAGAGGAACUGAUGAUGGUUCUGGUGAAGUUAGAGUCUCUCCAGAUCAGAGCUCUCCACUCCCAGUCUGCCCACACUGUGUCGCUACGCGGGGCCGUGCUGGAGGGAGCGCAGACCCUGCCCACGGGGCGACAUGCCAACAACGUAGAGAUCUGUCUCUGUCCCGCUAACUACCAGGGAGACUCCUGCCAGCAAUGUUCUCCAGGGUACUACAGAGACACUAAAGGUCUGUUCCUGGGGAAGUGUGUUCCCUGCAACUGUAACGGCCACUCUGACCAGUGUCUGGACGGGUCUGGAGUCUGUGAAAACUGUCAACACAACAGGGCUGGAGACCACUGUGAGAAAUGUCAAGGUGGUUUCCAUGGUAACAACUCUCGAGAUGGACAAUCCCUCUCCUGUGACACCUGCCCCUGUCCUCUGCAGGUGUCCUCCAACAAUUUUGCAGUGGGCUGUGUGGAGAAACUCAACAAGAUGCAGUGUCUGUGUAUGCCUGGCUACGCUGGACCCCAGUGUCAAAGGUGUGCUCCUGGUUUCUACGGCAACCCCAUGGUUAUUGGCAGCGCGUGCCAGCCCUGCCAUUGCCAUGACAACACGGACCCCAACAUGCUGUUCAGCGACUGUGACGGGCUGACGGGCGAGUGUCACAGCUGCAUGCACAACACCGCCGGGACGCACUGUGAGAUCUGCGGCCCCGGUUUCUACGGUGACGCCGUCACUGCCAGGAACUGCACCAGAUGCAACUGCUCUCCCUGUGGCACAGCUUCAUGUGACCGUCACACAGGACAAUGUCAAUGUAAACAAGGUGUGACCGGACCACACUGUGACCGCUGCCAGGACGGUGCGUUUGGCUAUGAGUCGUGCUCCGGGUGUCGUCGCUGUGACUGUGACGCCGCGGCGGCCCUGGUCCAACCGUGUGACCCCAGGACCGGGUCGUGUGCCUGCCAACCAGGGAUCAGUGGCCCUAACUGUCGCCAGUGUGCCCCUGGGUACUGGGACUACAGCCCUGAGGGAUGCAGGAAGUGUCAGUGUCAGCACGGUCGCUGUGACCCUCGGACAGGGGAGUGUCGCUGUGGAGACGGCUUGACAGGCAGACAGUGUGACAGCUGUUCCCAUAGAUACAAUGUUCCUGUACAGCACGGACGUGACAUGACCUGUGAACCAUGUGACAGCUGUGUUGUAGUCCUGUUGAAGGAUCUAGACGGUAUGACUGACAACUUUGGCUCAGUGGCUCAUCACCUGAUCAACCUCAGCGUCUCCUCUAUCCCCUGGGCUCAGCUACACAACCUCAGCAGAUCCGUGAACGAUAUCGCUAAUGCCAUAGAGAACUACAGCGAUACUCUGGAUGAGAGCCGUAAUAGAGUGGACAUGUUGGAGGGAGAGUUCAUCAACAUCAAUUCAGACAUCAAUGACCUGGAGGGGAAGGUGGUGGCGACAGCAGACAAAGCAAACACUCUGGAGGACAGCGGCACUAACACGCAUCAGAGAGCCUGGGACCUGCUCUCACACAUCAAGAGCAUCAUGGGCAAGGUGAAAGACCUCAUGCUGCAGGUAAAACGUACGGUUCUGAAUGAGACAGAAGUGGAGCAGGAGGAGGAAGACCUCUCUAAGAAGAUACAGCAGGUGGAGGCCAUGCUGAGAGAGAUGAGAUUCAGGAGCUGUGUCGGCCAGAAGAAGAUAGCCGACAGAGAGCUGUCCGAGGCUGAGAAACUGCUGGAGAAGGUGAAAGACCAGCUGGUGAGUCGUGUGGUGGAGAACGAGGGCUUGGUGAAGAACAUCAGGGAGCGUCUGAGGAAGUUCCAUGACCAACUGAUGGACCUGAGGGACGCUCUGAACCAGGCAGUUAAAAACACGGCCGUCGCCUCCGAUUCUAACGCUGUUAAUGAGAAGAGGCUGGAGGACUGCCAGCAACACGCGGAUGAGCUGAAUGUGAAGAACAAGGAGGUGGAGAAUCUCCUGCAGAUGGCAGAGGAUGACGUGGCCGCUGUCAAUGACAUGCUGUCUAUGCUGCACGACUCCAAGGAGGACUAUGAGCGUCUGGCAGCCCAGUUGGAUGGUUCCAGGAUGCCCUUGGCAGAGAAGGUGCUGGAGUUUUCCCCCUCCGUCAGUAAGAUACCCCUGGUGGAGGCAGCAGAGAAACAUGCUGAACUACUCAAUGAGCUGGCCAUGAACCUCGCCAGUGUGAUCUCCAACACCAACAAGGACGGUUUCAUCCAGCGAGCCGCGAACGCGUCCCGGGCGUACUCCGACAUCGUCGACGCCGUCAGAGCCGCUGAGACUGCUGCCAACCAGGCUGCUAUGGACGCACUGGCGAAUGUACAGGAUCAGGACCUGGGCCAGACAGCUAAAGGUCUGAGGAAACACAGUAUUGAACUGUUGAACCAGGCUGUCAACCUACAGGAAGAUGUCAGUAAUGAUUUGAAACUUCAGCUCCAGGAUGCUAAGACUCGUCUGGAUGAGGCCAGAGACAAACAGGAGACUCUACUGAACGACCUAGAGAUGGUUCAGAGUAGCCUCAACUUCAGUCGAGAGGAGACAGCUAGUGACAUUGAGGAGGCUAAAGCAUUAGCGGAGGAGGCCAACAGUACAGCAGCGAGAGUAAAGGACACCCUGGCCCCUCUCAAGGAGCAGCUGGACCAAUGGCAGCAGCAGUACGGAGACGCCAACACCAACAACAAUGACAUCCACAAGGCCUUCCUGGAGGCCAACACCUCUGUGGGUAUGUUGGGCGAGGCCAUCCCAAUACUGAUGAAGAAGCUGGACAAGCUGCAGAACCACUCAGCCCAGAUGCCCAACAUCUCAGAGAACAUCCUCAGGAUCAGACAGCUCAUCGCUGAGGCUCGCAAGGCAGCCAGCAAGGUGAGCGUACCUGUGAAGUUCAACGGGACAUCAGGUGUGCAGGUGCGCACCCCCAGUAACCUGGCAGACCUGGCAGCUUACACCUCCCUCAAGUUCUACAUCACCCUGCCCGAGGCUUCACGCGCCCGCAGACAGGACCAACCAGACAAACAGUUUGUCUUUUACCUCGGAAACAAGGACUCCAGUAAGGAGUUCCUGGGAAUGAUGCUGGAAGGGCACAGACUGCACUGGCUCUUCAAUGUGGGUGGAGACACGACCGAGGUGGAGAUGCCGGAAGAUGUCCAAACAGAUGGCAACUUCAACAACGUGGUCCUGGAAAGGAUCCUUCAGUACGGUCAGAUGGCCAUGACUUCGGAGACCAGGGUGACCAAGGCCGUGGUGGAUGCAGUAGGGGACAGCGGACUGCUCAACCUCCAGACUGAAGAGACUGUGUUCUAUGUGGGAGGGUACCCUGACACAUUCACGCCCCCUCUCCAGCUCCAGUUGCCCAACUUCAAGGGCUGUAUUGAGCUGGAGACCCUGAAUGAGGAGGUGCUCAGUCUCUAUAACUUUGAGAACAUCUUCCAACUCAACACCACCGAGGAGAAACCAUGUGGAAGAACGAAGCCGGUGUUGACGCAGCAGUGGGUGAACGACGCGGCCUACUUUGACGGGACGGGCUACGCCGAGGUCACCUUGAAGGAGGAUACAGGGAAGAUGCAGCGCUUUGAACAGGAAGUUAAACUGAUGAGUCACAACGGCAUCCUGCUCAUGCUCCUCAGCCAGGAGAAGUUCCUGAGCUUGGCGGUGCGUCAGGGACGUCUCAGGGUCUUCUAUGACGUCACUGGUUCUCUACAGGAGCUGGAGCCUAAAGAUCCAGACUCCCCUUACCUCAAGAUCAGCGACGCUGAACCCAAAUCUUUGGAGAUUAUCCUCCUCUACGAUACGACCACGCGUGUUGUGGUGAGGAACAACCGCCAAACCCUGCUCAACUACGUCUUCACCACUCCCCUGCCGCGCUUCGAAGCCAGCUACUACCUGGCCGGUGUACCAGAGGACAAGAUGCCUGAAAGCCUGAAGGCCCUGUUCCCUCUCCAGGGCUCUCUGAAGGGCUGUUUUAGGAACGUCAAGGCCAUGAAUUCUCACAUCGACCUGAAGAGGAUGCCCAGCUCUGGGGUCAGCUACGGCUGUGCCAAUGACCUACUGGUGGCCCGUGAGGCCCACUUCUCAGGCCAGAGUUACCUGGACUUGUCUCCAGACAACAUCCCUGGUCUCAGGAACAACUUCUACGCCGGGUUUGGCUUCCGCACAGACCAGAAGAACGGACUCAUGUUCUACCACCAGGCUCAGGAUGGAGUGUGUCAGGUGUUCCUGGAUAAGGGUCAUGUGGUAGUGAGGGCGGGCAACAACGAGGUGAAGACUCAAAAGACCUACAACGAUGACAACGAUCAUUAUGUAACUCUGUACAGCAACAACAACAGGUUGCGUGUCUAUGUGGAUGACGUCCUGGAGAAGAAUGAGGAUACGGGUCGUGGAGGGGGCAGCAGCGAGGCAGCACUGUCACCUGGCGGUGUCUACCUGGGAGGGACACCUGACAACAGCCUCAACAACCUCACCGGCUGUCUUAGCAACCUGUUCAUCAAGAGAGACAAGCCUUCUCAGAUGGUGAUGAAUCUGAUGAAUGCUAAGGAGAACAUCGACGUUCCUCUAGAAUGUCCCGCUGCCAAUAAACCACAACAGAUCCUGGCCACACCACCACGACAAAAGCAUGUUAAGGAUAAACAUAGGAAGCCUGCGGGUGGCGGCGGGUCAGUGGGGCGGAGUCGCAGUGGAAGGGGGUCCUGCCAGGGGGACCGAGCCAAUCAGGAGGAGGUUGGAGCUCUGCACUUCAGUGGCUCCUCCCACAGCCACCAGCGCUACGACAGGCUACCAGAGGUCUUCCGCAGGACGCCUCACAUCUCCAUGGGUCUACGUGUGAACUCUUCGGAAGGCCUGGUGUUCUGUGUGUCUGGAUCAGGAGAACGUAGCAGAUCUGUGAUGACCCUGUCGGUCUCCGCCGGACACCUGCUGCUCCUCAUCGACGGAGGGAGGGAAGAGGAAGACACGACCAGCGUAAUAGCAACAUGUCUGCUUGUUUAUUUUCCCCACCAGGUGUUUGUGAAGAGGGAGGGAGAGAUGGCCAGUUUGAUUGUUGAUGGGAUCAAUACCCAGUCUAAGAGGGUCUCAGGAGGGGAGAAAACACCCCUCAGUUCCCCUCUCUACAUCGGAGGAGUUCCCUCAGCAGUCGUGCCAGGUCCUGGAGGGUUUGUGGGCUGUGUGAGGGACCUGGAGCUGAAUGAGGAGAGCAUAGACAAUCCCUCCACAACUGGGGUUGUUCCUUGCUUCCAGACCACUCUGCAGCCUGGGGCAUACUUCUCCUCCCAGGGAGGACACAUGGCUAUAGAUGAAGGCCUGGUGUUAGGGCGGGACCUAGAGGUCCAGCUGGAGGUACGGCUGGUGUCUGACUCUGGUCUCCUGCUGCAUGCUGGGUCUGGACAACAGCUCAGUCUCUACCUCAACCAGGGAGAGGUGACAGUCACAGUGAACAGUGGUCGCGGAAAACUCUUCUCCACCUCUUUCACACCAGAGGAAUCCCUGUGUGACGGACGCUGGCACAGUAUCACAGUCAUGAAGAAGAGCAACGUGCUGCAGCUCCAUGUGGAUGCAGCCAGUGAACACAGUGUGGGGCCCAAGAAGGGCCGAUCCUCAGGGGCCAAGGAGACUGUGUACCUGGGAGGAGUACCAGAUGGCGAUGAUGUGCCGGGCCUCCCCGCUGCCCUGCCUUCCUUCCAUGGUUGUGUUCGGAGAGCAGUCCUGAACCAGCGACCAGCCGUGCUGUCUAAACCCCUGUUAGUACACGGAGCUGUGGGCACACAGGGCUGUCCAGCCAUGUAGACCUCUUUUGGCCCUGUUCCCCCUGGUUUAGCCCUGUUACACCCGGUUUUGCCCUGUUACACCCGGUUUAGCCCUGUUACACCUGGUUUAACCCUGUUACCCCUGGUUUAGCCCUAUUCCCCCUGGUUUAGCCCUAUUUCCCCUGGUUCAGCCCUGUUCCCCUGGUUUAGCCCUGUUCCCCCUGGUUUAGCCCUGUUCCCCCUGGUUUAGCCCUGUUCCCCUGGUUUAGCCCUGUUACACCCGGUAUGGCCUGUUGCCCCUGGUUUAGCCCUGUUCCCCCUGGUUUAGCCCUGUUCCCCCUGGUUUAGCCCUGUUACACCCGGUAUGGCCUAUACCCCCUGGUUUAGCCCUGUUACACCCGGUUUAGCCCUGUUCCCCCUGGUUUAGCCCUGUUACACCCGGUUUAGCCCUGUUCCCCCUGGUUCAGCCCUGUUCACCCAGCUCAUGCAGGGCCAAACUCAAUACGACAACGUUACAGAACGUUGUUACAUUUCUGUCUGCCAACUUUGUAUCUGCAACAAUACACCCGUGGGCCACGUUCAUUAGGAAAAACGUUAUGGAGCAAAUAGAAAUGUAAUGAAUAGAGCUGAUGAUGUGAUUCUGUAUUGUACAUGUCCGAGGUAUGUGUGUUCUAUGUCAUGUACACUACAUAGCCAAAAGUAUGUGAACACCCAUUUAAUUUAGUGGAUUCAGCUAUUUCAGCACACACCCGUUGCUGACAAGGGGAAUAACUUUUCGGCCCUGCUAGAGCUGCCCCCGGUUAGCUGUAAGUGCUGUUAUUGUGAAGGGGAAACGUCUAGGAGCAACAAUGUCUCGGCCGCAAAGUGGUAGGCCACACAAGCUCACAGAACGGGACAGCAGAGUGCUGAAGCGCGUAGGGCGUAAAAAUCGUCUGUCCUCGGUUGUAACACUCACUACCGAGUUCUAAACUGCCUCUGGAAGCAACGUCAACACAAGAACUGUUCGUUGGGAGCUUCAUGAAAUGGGUUUCCAUGACCGAGCCCCAGCACACAAGCUUAAGAUCACUGUGUGCAUGGCUGGAGUGCAUUGGCUGGAGUGGUGUAAAACUCAACACCAUUGUCUCUGGAACAGUGGAAACGCUAAGGGGCUCGGCCAGUGAAGGGAAAUAGUUCCAGUGAAGGGAAAUCUUAACCCUAUUGUAUACAAUUCAAUUCUAGACGAUUCUGUGCUUCCCACUUUGUGGCAACAGUUUGGUGAAGGCCCUUUCCUAUUUCAGCGUGACAAUUCCCCGUGAGGUCCAUAUAGAAAUGGUUUGUUGAGAUCGGUGUUGAAGAACUUGACUGGCCUGCACAGAGCCCUGACCUCAACCCAAAUCGAACACCUUUGGGAGCCAGGCCUAAUCACCCAACAUCAGUGCCUGACCUUACUAAUGCUCUUGUGGCUGAAUGGAAGCAAAUCCCCGCAGCAAUGUUCCAGGUGAGCAGGUGUCCACAUACUUUUGGCAAUGCAGUGUGUAUUUUUACCUGAACGUUCCACAACAUUGUUUCCAACUGUUUCAAAGGAUCAAUAUAAACACACACGAUGUCCGAUCACUGGAGGUGGGUUAUAUACAGUAGUUAAUUUAAAUAUAUUUAUUUUUAAUCUUACAAAAAUGUAUUAUAAAAAAAAAACUUGUUUUCGAUUUUUUUGUUAUGGGGUACUGUAUGUAGAUUUAGCCCUGAGGAAAACAUUUAAUUUAAUCCAUUUUAGAAUUAACGUAAAAUAAAAUGUGGAACGUUAAACGAAAUGUGUGUUACAAAAAGAAAAGGGAAGGGGUCUGUCUGUAUACUUUCUGAAUACACUGUAUGUCGCUUUCAAGGAAGACCGUUCCAACUACUGUUAGAAGAACAAAAAACAUGUUUAAUCAUUGUUUUUCUGUUUUAGAUACAUUCACCUUUGACCCUCCCUCCCUCUCGCCCUCCCUCUCGCCCUCC